GACACAGGCUCUGCGGAAGCAUUUGCCCGUAUUCACAGCUGGUUCUCAACAUGCCACAGUGAUCAACAUGCUCGCUGUAGCAAAGGAGAGCUCACAUCGUUGCCAAAGCGGGUUCUGGACGUGUCUUCUGAAACUGUAAGACUCUACGAAACACGAGGCGAACUUGCAAAAUAUGCUUGUCUCAGUCAUUGCUGGGGCAAGCAACAAAUUAUCACCACUACCAAGGCAAGUAUCCCUCGACAUCUUCAAGCCAUUUCCUGGGACGCGUUAUCAAGAACAUUUCAAGGCGCCGUGACGUGUGUGCGCCGUCUAGGUCUCAAUUAUCUCUGGAUAGAUUCACUCUGUAUCAUUCAAGAUAUGAGGAGCGACUGGGUUGACCAGUCCCCCCUCAUGGCAGACUACUAUUCAAAAGCACACAUUACUAUUGCAGCCACAGCAUCUGCCGACAGUGCUGGUGGCUUGUUCAGAAAGUGGCCUCAAUUGGAAUUUACUGGAAUCACGACCGAGGGUUCGCCAUCACAGGUGAUUGUUCGGAGGAUGCCAGAACACCUUUUCGAAAGUUUCAUCCUGGAUCCAUUCCCCCUGCUCAGCAGGGCUUGGGUGUAUCAAGAGCGGUUGCUAUCAGCGGCCGUGUUACACUUCGGCCCACAGGAGCUGAGUUGGGAAUGCAAAGAAGCAUCGAUAUGCGAGUGC